UCCGCCGAGUGGCGCCGGAGCCGCUGCCGCUUUACGUAAGGCGCAGGCCAGGGCUGCCCGGCGCUCGGCAGCCGCUCGGAGCCCUCGGAGCGAGGAGGCGCCCCCGCUAGCCGCCGCGACGCCCGGCCGCUCGGCAGGUUCUGCUGGAGACUUACAUUUGGCCUCAAUGUGAAAUUAAAGUAGGAAAUCACAUCUACAUGUAUGUUGCUAUCAGGAUGUUGAUUCAUUGAUCAUGCCUGAAGAGGGAAAUUCAGUUCUAGAUGGCUGACUGCCAGCAAAAAUAAAUGCUUACCCUAGAUGUCAAGCAUCUCUCCUUUUUACUGGAGUGAAAAUCCCCUCCAGAUACCAACAGAACAUCACUGCAGAAAAUGCUCCGCGUUUUAAGGAUGUCAGCAACCUAAAUUCAUGCGCCCUAUCUGUACAGUUGUUGUGGAUGGUUUACCAUCUGAAAGCUCCUCAAGCUCUUAUCCAGGCCCUGUAUCUGUCUCUGAAAUGUCUCUGCUUCAUGCUUUGGGUCCAGUGCAGACCUGGCUGGGACAAGAGCUAGAGAAAUGUGGCAUUGAUGCCAUGAUUUAUACUCGAUACGUCCUCAGUCUUCUGCUGCAUGACAGCUAUGACUACGACCUGCAGGAACAGGAGAAUGACAUCUUCCUGGGCUGGGAAAAAGGAGCUUAUAAGAAAUGGGGAAAGAGUAAGAAAAAGUGCUCAGAUCUAACUCUAGAAGAAAUGAAAAAACAGGCUGCUGUCCAGUGUCUUCGAUCUGCUUCUGAUGAAAGCUCUGGUAUCGAGACUUUAGUGGAGGAGCUCUGCUCCAGGCUGAAGGACCUGCAGAGCCAGCAAGAAGAGAAGAUUCACAAAAAGUUAGAGGGGUCUCCCUCUCCAGAGGCAGAAUUAUCCCCUACAGCAAAGGAUCAAGUGGAAAUGUACUAUGAAGCAUUUCCACCACUUUCUGAGAAACCAGUUUGCCUGCAAGAAAUCCUGACUGUGUGGAACAAGUCUACAGUCUGUUCUUACCCUAGCUCUUCUUCAUCGUCCACAGCCCCACCAGCUAGCACAGACACGUCCUCCCCGAAGGACUGCAACAGUGAAGGUGAGCUCAUCAAGGAGAGAAGCAGCGACAUGCCCACCACUGUGCAUGAGAAAACCCAGAGCAAGAGUCAAAAUGAGAAGGAGAACAAAUUUAGGAAUGGCACAGGUGAAGAGAAGCCUGCUUUGUACAAAAAGCAAAUCAGACAUAAGCCUGAAGGAAAGAUGCGCCCUCGCUCCUGGUCUUCCGGCUCUAGCGAAGGAGGCUCGAGCUCAAGUGGUAAUCAGGGAGAAUUAAAAGCAUCCAUGAAGUGUGUGAAAGUGAGACACAAGACACGAGAAAUCCGAAACAGAAAAGGGCGGAAUGGGCAGAGCAGGCUUUCACUGAAGCAUGGCGAAAAGGCGGAAAGAAGCAUGCAUGCUGGAAGCAGCAGCAGCAGCAGCAGCGGUGGUUCCAUCAAACAGCUGUGCAAGCGGGCUAAAAGGCCGCUGAAGGAGAUGGGCAGGAAAGACGCCGGAAGCACUGAAGGAAGAGACCUGUACCUGGAGAGCAGAGCCGACAGAGAGUACAAAGAGGAGCCGUUGUGGUACACGGAACCGAUCGCUGAGUAUUUCGUUCCUUUGAGCAGAAAAAGUAAACUGGAGACCACAUACCGAAACAGGCAAGAUACAAGCGAUCUGACCUCAGAAGCAGUAGAAGAAUUGUCUGAAUCAGUGCACGGUCUUCGUAUCAGCAACAAUAAUAUUCAUAAAACAUACCUCGCAGCAGGUACUUUCAUUGAUGGUCAUUUUGUAGAAAUGCCUGCAGUUAUAAAUGAGGAUAUUGACCUCACUGGGACCUCAUUCUGUUCUCUACCAGAGGACAACAAAUACUUGGAUGAUAUUCAUCUAUCAGAAUUAACACACUUCUAUGAAGUGGAUAUUGACCAAUCCAUGUUGGAUCCUGGUGCCUCAGAAACAAUGCAAGGAGAAAGUCGGAUUUUGAAUAUGAUUCGACAAAAAAGCAAAGAGAAAACAGAUUUUGAGGCAGAAUGUUGCAUAGUGUUAGAUGGAAUGGAGUUGCAAGGGGAACGUGCAAUAUGGACAGAUUCUACCAGCUCUGUGGGCGCUGAGGGCUUAUUCCUGCAAGACCUUGGCAGUCUGGCUCAGUUCUGGGAGUGCUGUUCAUCCAGCUCUGGCGAUGCCGAUGGAGAGAGUUUUGGAGGAGAUUCUCCAAUUAGACUCUCCCCGAUCUUAGACAGCACAGUGCUCAAUCCGCAUUUGCUUGCUGGCAAUCAAGAGCUCUUCUCAGAUAUUAAUGAAGGAUCUGGUAUAAACUCUUGUUUUUCAGUGUUUGAAGUGCAAUGCAGUAACUCUGUUUUACCAUUUUCUUUUGAAACACUCAACUUGGGAAAUGAAAAUACAGAUUCUAGUGCUAAUGUGCUUGGAAAAACACAGUCUAGAUUACUAAUAUGGACCAAAAAUAGUGCCUUUGAAGAAAAUGAACACUGUUCUAAUCUUUCAACAAGAACUUGUAGUCCAUGGUCCCAUUCAGAAGAAACACGUUCAGACAACGAGACAUUAAACAUUCAGUUUGAAGAAUCCACACAGUUUAAUGCAGACGAUAUGAAUUAUGUAGUUCCUAGAGUCUCGUCAAAUUAUGUAGAUGAAGAACUUCUAGAUUUUUUGCAAGAUGAAACUUGCCAGCAAAACAGUAGAACUUUAGGAGAAAUUCCGACAUUAGUUUUCCAAAAAAAAUCUAAACUAGAAUCUGUCUGUGGUAUUCAGCUAGAACAAAAAACAGAAAACAAAACCUUUGAAACUACACAAGUAUGUAGUGAAAGCAGCCCACGUGGAGAUGGCUACAGCUCAGGGGUUAUUAAAGACAUUUGGACAAAGAUGGCAGAUAGAAGUUCUGUAGCUAUGGUAGAAGUAGAAAGGAUUGAUGAUGAGUUGUUUUCGACAGAUGUAAAUAACUACUGCUGCUGUUUGGAUGCUGAAGCUAAAAUGGAGCCCCUCCAGGAGCCUAAUAAGGCUGUGCAGAGAUCAGAAUAUCAUCUGUGGGAGGGACAGAAAGAGAACCCAGAGAAAAGAGCUUUUGUUUCUGGUGAGCUAUCAAAGGUGGAUGGUGGUGAUUAUACUACCCCCUCUAAACCUUGGGAUGUGGCCCAAGAUAAAGAGAACUCAUUCAUUCUUGGAGGAGUUUAUGGAGAGCUCAAAACCUUUAAUAGCGAUGGGGAAUGGGCAGUAGUACCACCCAGUCACACAAAAGGAAGUUUGUUACAGUGUGCAGCUUCUGACGUGGUGACAAUAGCUGGUACAGAUGUCUUUAUGACCCCAGGAAACAGUUUUGCUCCUGGUCACAGGCAGUUAUGGAAACCCUUCGUGUCAUUUGAACAGAAUGACCAGCCGAAGAGUGGGGAAAACGGAUUGAAUAAGGGGUUUUCUUUUAUCUUCCAUGAAGACUUAUUAGGAGCUUGUGGUAACUUUCAAGUUGAAGAUCCUGGACUUGAAUAUUCAUUCUCUUCCUUUGACUUAAGCAAUCCAUUUUCACAAGUUCUUCAUGUAGAAUGUUCAUUUGAACCCGAAGGGAUUGCAUCUUUCAGUCCUAGUUUUAAACCGAAAUCAAUCCUCUGCUCUGAUUCAGACAGUGAAGUUCUCCACCCCAGGAUAUGUGGCGUUGACAGAACACAAUACAGGGCUAUUCGGAUCUCUCCUAGGACUCACUUUCGCCCAAUUUCUGCAUCUGAACUGUCCCCAGGAGGAGGAAGCGAGUCAGAAUUUGAAUCUGAAAAAGAUGAAGCAAGUAUCCCCAUUCCUUCUCAAGUUGAUGCAUUUGAAGAUCCACAGGCAGAUCUCAAACCACUGGAAGAAGAUGCAGAGAAGGAAGGCCAUUACUAUGGAAAAUCAGAGCUUGAGUCUGGAAAAUUCCUUCCCAGGUUAAAAAAAUCUGGAAUGGAAAAGAGUGCUCAAACAUCACUGGAUUCCCAGGAGGAAUCAGCUGGGAUUCUGCCAGUAGGAAAGCAGAAUCAGUGUUUGGAAUGUAGCCUGAAUGAGUCUCUGGAAAUCGAUUUAGAAAGCUCAGAAGCAAAUUGUAAAAUAAUGGCACAAUGUGAAGAAGAAAUUAAUAAUUUUUGCAGUUGCAAAGCAGGUUGUCAGUUCCCUGCUUAUGAAGAUAAUCCAGUUUCUUCAGGACAGCUGGAAGAGUUUCCUGUAUUGAACACUGAUGUACAAGGAAUGAAUAGAAGUCAAGAAAAACAGACCUGGUGGGAAAAAGCCUUGUACUCUCCUCUUUUUCCUGCCUCAGAAUGUGAAGAAUGUUAUACAAAUGCCAAGGGAGAGAAUGGUAUAGAAGAAUAUCCAGAUGUUAAAGAAAUGCCCAGUAAUGAAGAGCGUCUGUUAGAUUUUAAUAGGGUGUCUUCUGUUUAUGAAGCAAGGUGCACAGGAGAGAGAAAUUCUGGAGCAAAAUCAAACGGCUUCCGCAGAAAGAUGUACUCCAGUGCCAGCUCCGCCUCGGAGGACACGGGCUCGGAAGGUGGAGGCGCGUGGGUGGAGCCCAGCGAGGAGGCACUCUUUUCUCGAACUCAUCUCUAAACCUGCAGAGUAGUACAAAUUAUUUUUUAAAAUUGAUAUGUGAGCGAAAAGUACCCUUUUGUGAGGCCUGUUCAUCUAAAACAACAACUUAGGUUUCUAAGGUUUCUUCUUCAAUUAACUGGUUCAGAUCAGUAAUUAUCUUUCUCUUCUUGCUUAUUUUAGAGUUGAGGACAGCUAUCCUGUUGAAGAUUUUUUUUUUCAAGCUGUUAAAUUCUUGGCUAUUUGAAAUAGACUAGAUGUGUUGUCAUACCAAGAAUGGGUGUGCAUGUGCUCGUCUUAGAAGCAUCACUGCCUUUUGCAUCUUCACUGCAGUUACCUUCCUUCCAGCUGCAGUCACAUCACUAUCACCUUAUUAGCAUCGCAGUGUCAGCAACCACUUCCGCUAUUCGGAGACUUUAGCUUUGGAACAUUUAGGCUUUGUCCUCUAAGAACUGGGAUGUGAAUACUUACCCUGCAGUGGAUCAGUGCCUUUCUGAAGGCAAGAGGGCAGCAUGGGUGACUCAUCCCCGGUCUUCAUUCAGUAAAAUCUCAUGUACAUUUAAAGUAGGAAACACAAGGGUGUGCUUUUAGAGACUUACAAAAUACUGUGUUUUCUCUCUUAGGAUUUUCCCCCUAGAGUAUCAUGGACAAUACCAUGGUUUGUGACUUUCUUGUCACCUGAGGCAGCCAAGGCUUUGAGGUACAGGGUAGCGUUUGAGGCCAAGCGGGGUGAGAACGCACCCCCAACCUGCUCUUAACGCUGCAGUUACAUUUCCCCCAGGCACCGCUCAGGGUUAUUUGCGGUGAGUCUGACAAUACUCGAUGAGGACCUUAGUUGCAGAUGAGAUUUUUCUGGUGACCGAUAUUGAAUCGAAGCCCCCAGAACUUAAGACUGUAAACGUUUGGCACGCAAUAAAGGCCACCAGCACCCCAAAGAGACCUUGGCUGCUACACCUGGCUGCUCUUGUGGCUGUGACUUAGUAUAGCUUAGAUCUCAUUUUGUGUUUGAGAGAAUGUUCUGGGCAAGUUCUGUGUGUGGCGGGUCGGAGGGUAGAGUACUGAUUUCUCCCAUACCUGUGUGAUUGCUUCAUGGGACCCGCUUUCCCGUGUCACUCGGGAACCCAGGGGUCAGUUCCUCUCAUCCAGUCCCGUCCGUUCGUGACGGUCGCUUCCUUGAGCUUUCACGCUGCCAUGCAACAGGUUGAAGUUAGAAGGAGCAACAUUUGCAAAACCUAAACGUUUAAAAUUGUUUUUCUUUUUUAACCAGCUCAUUGCUUUUUAAAAAACAAAAAACAAUGCGUGACAUCAGUUUAGCAUGUCUAACAUCAGGAAGUCUAAUAUGGGUGAGACAGCUUCACCACUAUUUUGGCGGGCAGUAAACGCAUAAUUUACUAGCUGGGAGCUGAACUGGCUGAGAAAUACAUCAGUUGCUUCGAGCAUUGGGUUUUGUUGCCUUUUUCUUAAUUGAUGACACAGACAACUCCAUCCAGGGCUGUGGAGUCAUCCCCGGCGCUGUCUGUCCUCACUGUGGGAAACCUGAUGGGCCGUUGGGUUUGGUCUCACCACAUGUCAGGGUUUGUUUUUAUACAGCACAUCUUUGACACUUUAAAGUGGGUUUGUGUGUGUGUGCGUGUGUGCGCGUGUAAGGUUUUAUGUUGCUGUUAUUUAUUUACAGACUUUAUAAGGUUAUAUGUAUUUUUCUUUCUUCCAGAGCUUCCUAAAAAUUGAUUAGCAUCUGCACUGAAAUAUAAUUUAACAGCAAAGGCAAAAAAGAAUUGGAAGUUGUAAAUUCCUAAAAUCACUACAGUGACGAUCAUCCUAGAAAUCGUUGCUUAUGUAGCCGAGACCAAAUAAAUAUAUUUCAGACACAACCUUUAGCUCAGUUGAUUUUGGACAGCUGCUUUUUAUCACGAAAGGGCUCCAGGUGGUCGAGGUGCAGACUUCCUUACACGCUAGUGGGAAGACAUUGCACCUUCCACGGGGGAAUGGGAAUGGAUUAUAAGCGGGCAAGGGGAUUAACAGAUUAUGUAUUUAUUUGUUUUCAUAGCUAAGUGGCUGAAGCCCAGAGGCUUUCAGCGACAGAGCUGAAAGUAUGGUUUUCAGUUUUGUAAAUGGAUCACAAAGAAAAAGCAUUUUUUAAAAAGUUGGCAAAACGCUGAAACGCACUGUGGUAUGAAGCGCAUUGCAUAUCCAUAGCACUGAAGUAUCAGUUUUCCAUUCCUGGGCUAUUUUUUUCCCCGUGGUUGUAUUGUUCUGAUUUCACGUACACCAGAGUAACUGGUUUUUUUGUUUUCUUGUGGAGUUAACACCAAAUAAAAAAUUUAAAAAACAGUUGGUUGUCUUUAUUUACCAUAGCAAAGAUUCUUUUAUAAAGAACCCCAGCCUCCUCUUAAUUAUGUGUGCCCAGGUCACAUCAUUCCAGAAGAAGGUUAGCUCUUCCUAUAGGCGUUGCAGAAAGUGCUGGCGUCUGCUUUGCUGGAGAAGAAAAUGGGUGGGGCCUGCUGAGAAAAGAGUCCACACCCCCCCAUCCCCACCCCUAGGAACUACUGCCUGAACCUUGCAAAGAACACACCAUUUUUGUCUUGUGGUGGUAGACAAAGCUUAAUCUUUCUGUUCUGAAAAAAAAAAAAUUCCAUGUAUGUAUAUUAACAUGAUCACUGUACACUGUAAGAAAGAAAUCAAUGUAUUAUUAAAGAAGUAUAAAGGAAAAUUCAUCUGUACCUCCAUCACCCUGAGAGGGUAGCUUCUAACAUUUGUGCAAAACACCAUUCUAGACAGCUGAAUGUAUAUAUGGAUAUAUAUAGAGAGAG